GAGAGGUGUUGCGGUGCUGGCGAAUCAGAGGGAAGAGUUAGACCACGUCAAGCUGCAGUUAGCAGUCGCCAGGCGUUGAGGGUACAGGCAGCUGCUGGUUCCUCCUCCUCAUCACCCUCUAAUUAAACACACGCACCUAAGCCAUGGCCGAACAGGAAGACUUAGCAACAGCUAUACUGAAAGAGAAGAAAAAGCCAAACCGCCUCAUCGUGGAAGAUGCAGUCAAUGAUGACAAUUCUGUUGUGGCACUCAGCCAGGCUAAGAUGGAUGAGCUGCAGCUCUUUCGAGGUGACACAGUGCUCAUCAAGGGCAAGAAACGCAAGCAGACUGUCUGCAUUGUGCUCUCUGAUGACACCAUGUCUGAUGACAAAGUUCGCAUGAAUCGUGUAGUGAGAAACAAUCUUCGCAUUCGUUUGGGUGAUGUGGUAGCUAUCCAGCCCUGCCCAGACGUGAAGUAUGGCAAGCGUAUACAUGUUCUACCUAUUGAUGACACAGUUGAAGGUCUGACUGGUAAUAUUUUUGAGGUAUUUCUGAAACCGUACUUUCUGGAAGCAUAUCGACCCAUCCACAAAGGUGACCUCUUUCUCGUCCGUGGAGGUAUGAGAGCUGUAGAGUUCAAAGUAGUGGAGACAGACCCAGCCCCUUACUGCAUCGUAUCCCAGGACACUGUUAUUUACUGCGAAGGGGAACCAGUGAAGCGAGAAGAAGAAGAGGAACAGUUGAAUGAAGUGGGCUAUGAUGAUAUUGGUGGGUGCAGGAAGCAGUUAGCACAAAUCAAAGAGAUGGUAGAAUUGCCAUUGCGCCAUCCUUCUCUAUUCAAAGCCAUUGGUGUCAAGCCACCAAGAGGUAUAUUAUUGUAUGGCCCACCAGGCACAGGAAAAACACUCAUUGCACGAGCUGUUGCGAAUGAGACUGGAGCAUUCUUCUUUUUGAUAAAUGGCCCAGAAAUUAUGUCUAAAUUAGCAGGUGAAUCUGAAAGUAAUCUUCGGAAAGCAUUUGAAGAGGCAGAAAAAAAUUCCCCAGCCAUAAUUUUCAUAGACGAGAUUGAUGCCAUUGCACCAAAACGUGAAAAGACACAUGGAGAAGUUGAACGACGAAUAGUAUCACAGCUAUUGACACUGAUGGAUGGCUUGAAGCAGCGCUCUCAUGUUAUUGUUAUGGCUGCCACAAACAGGCCUAACUCUAUUGAUCCUGCUCUUAGGCGAUUUGGUCGUUUUGACCGAGAAGUUGACAUCAGUAUUCCAGACACCACAGGUCGCCUGGAAGUCCUGCGAAUCCACACUAAGAACAUGAAAUUGUCCGAUGAUGUUGACCUAGAACAGAUUGCUGCAGAGACUCAUGGCCAUGUUGGUGCAGAUUUGGCUGCUCUGUGCUCAGAAGCUGCCCUUCAACAAAUCAGAGAAAAAAUGGAUCUUAUUGAUCUUGAUGAUGACCAGAUUGAUGCUGAGGUACUUAAUUCACUAGCAGUAACUAUGGAGAACUUCAGGUUUGCCAUGGGUAAGAGCACACCAUCAGCCCUCCGUGAAACAGUAGUGGAGGUGCCCAACAUUACCUGGCAUGAUAUUGGUGGCUUAGAAAAUGUCAAGAGAGAGUUACAGGAGCUUGUCCAGUAUCCUGUGGAGCACCCAGACAAAUUCCUGAAGUUUGGCAUGACUCCCAGCAAGGGGGUACUAUUCUAUGGCCCUCCUGGUUGUGGUAAAACCCUGUUAGCAAAGGCUAUUGCUAAUGAGUGUCAAGCUAACUUCAUCUCCAUCAAGGGUCCAGAGCUGCUUACCAUGUGGUUUGGUGAAUCAGAAGCUAAUGUGAGAGAUGUCUUUGAUAAGGCUCGUGCAGCAGCUCCGUGUGUCUUGUUCUUUGACGAGUUGGACAGCAUUGCCAAGGCUCGAGGUGGCUCUGCAGGUGAUGCAGGUGGUGCUGCUGAUCGAGUCAUAAAUCAGGUACUAACAGAAAUGGAUGGUAUGGGAGCCAAAAAGAAUGUCUUCAUCAUUGGUGCAACAAACCGACCUGAUAUUAUUGAUCCAGCCAUUUUACGACCUGGGCGUCUGGACCAGUUGAUCUACAUACCUCUCCCCGAUGAAAAGUCUAGAGUGCAGAUCCUGAAGGCGUGCUUGAGGAAAUCCCCAGUGUCAAAGAGAGUUGAUCUGGAAUAUCUUGCCAAAGUGUCCCAUGGAUUCUCUGGUGCUGAUUUAACAGAAAUUUGCCAGAGGGCUUGCAAACUGGCAAUUCGGCAGGCUAUUGAAGCAGACAUAAAGCGGGAGAGAGAGAGAGCUGCUGGAGACAAUAUGGAUAUGGAGGAAGAGGAUCCUGUACCAGAGAUAACUCGGGAUCACUUUGAGGAAGCUAUGAAGUAUGCCCGCCGUUCAGUCUCUGACAACGACAUUCGCAAAUAUGAGAUGUUCUCCCAGACGCUGCAGCAGAGUCGAGGUUUGGCUCUAAUUUCAGAUUUCCAGACCAGCAAGGCCAGGGAGGCAGCAGCCAUGGUGGAAACUUUGGUGCAGAUGGAGAGGAUGAUGAUUUGUACUCGUAAAGCUUCUCCUAUUCCCAUUGGGAAGAAACAGCUUCAGGAAGAAUCAAUCUACUUGCAGGAGGAAUUAGUGUACCAUUCAUGAGUGGUUUGUGUGAAGUUAAUAAAAUGUAUAUUGAAGAUGCAUUCAUGAGUGGGUGUCUUUGGAAAUAUUGACUAAGUUAAUGGUCAGAGACUUAAAUAUUAUAAUGUGCAUCAUGCAAUGAAGCCUUGAAAAAUUGCCCCUGUACAUCCCAGUUGUUUUCUAAAGUAUGGGUGCAGUGAAUUGAGGGUCCAGGGCAUUAAGCCCCUUCAGGAAUGUGAUUAAGAGCCAAGUUUAACAGCAGAUGCUACAAUGGACUAAAAAUAUAAGACUAGAAAUAAUAUAUGCAGGCGGUGAGCAUUCCGUAUUUGGGAAGAAAGGGCUGAGGGCAUUGAGGCUAUUUGGCGAGAUAAUUCUUCAGUUUCAUGCUUUGAAAUUUUACUGUAACAAAUAUGUUAUUUGUUGCAUUUUAAACUUAUUUUUCCCAAAGGAACUUUUAAAAAUGCCCCCCCCUCCCCCCUUUUUUUUUUUUAUAUAUAGAUAUUCAGUAGCAACUGUUAUACUAUGUUCCUGUUGCACUCCUAGGCAAGUCAGUAUGAACAUUUCUGUGAGGUAGGCUGAUUGCACCUUUGAUACAAACUAGUGCUCCACUGAUAAGUAUUUUUUUGUGUACUGGAUUAGUGGUAAGGAGCAGUGCAUGUGGUGAUUGUAUUAUAUUCCCAUGUGUAAAUGUUAAUACAUAAACUUAACCUUUUCUUACACAGUAAAAUAGAGAAGUCUUUAAA